GCUGAUAGCUGGAACAAGGAAGGGUUGAUUUUAAGUCACACGAACAUGAGGGUGCAGUCGGGUGAGACAUUCCUUCACAAUGAGAAAUCAUGGCUGUGACCAUAGAGAGUUGACACCUGAGUGGGAUUGUUAUGAGAGACCAGGAUUUGAAGCGAGCCGACAGUGACACUCCCGUGUAGGAUUGUGCAGAACACUAUAGAACAGUGUAGCUAACACAGUGUAGAAUAGUGUUGCUAGGACAGUGUAGAACGCUAGGACAGUGUAGAACACUUACAGUCCAGUGCAGAACUGUGUCAGGCAACUUCUGCAGUAGCCCAAGUGUCGAGCUGUGUAUGUAUUAAUAGGAGCAAGCGAACCGCGACCUGCGUACGGUACAUGUAGCACGUACCUGUUUACGAUAUCAGGAGGAUGUACUUUUGUGUAAAAACGUUCACAACAUUGGAUUUGUUUUGUUGAUGGAAGUCAAUUGACUGUUUAUGACAGCCUUUUAUGAUGGGUAACUGACAUUACAAUAGACAGUGAUAAAGAGUUACUUCCCUUGUAUUCAGAACUCUAUGUGUAUGGAGUUCCUCAGAGCUGUUCAUUGUUGAUAGUGAAUGAUGACUAUACCCUGCAGUACACAUGGUAGAUCUUUGUUAUCAACCAGAAACCCAUUGCCCCAUAUAAGUCCAUUCAAGCAGAGCAUGUGAAGAGUGGCGUAGGACACCUGGGACCAGUUGACAGUUUGGUGAAGACUGCCACUCAGUUCCACAGUGGUUAAUUUUCUUCCUCCUUCAGGGCAAUGCUUGUAAAGUGUUGUUGACGACGAUGCUGUCAGUGGUGGAGCAUGGAUGACAAUAACAACACCAUCUACAGUGGGGGAAGGACCAAUCCUUUGGAACUUUCAGGAGCCAAGCUGUCGAACAUGGUCACCCAUCGAUCUACUCUGUGCAACCAGCAUUCGCCUGAUUUGUUUUACUUCAUCAAAUGUGUGACCUGUCACCUGUGCACUGGACCACAUGCUCAAAGCGUAAAGUGAGAGUCCAGUGGGCAGGGAUUUAUUGUGUUCGUGAUGUAUGUGGUAACCAUUCCCGAUCCGGGUUGUCAGAAGUUGAAGUGGCACAAACCUCCCCUGUCUGUCCUGGUGGUCAGGAAGAUGUUUGAUGAAUCCAUUAUCAUUCCAUUCAAAGACCUCAUUGUCUGGCUUAUAGAGGAGAAGAACAUGGUGGUGUAUGUGGAGGAGAAGGUUCUGGAAGACACAAGUAAACUGUUCCGAACAAACAGUCAGGACCUUCUGUCCAAGAUACAGACAUUCAAAGAAGGAGAGGAGGAUCUUACAGACAAGAUCGACUUUAUCGUGUGCCUCGGGGGUGAUGGAACACUGCUCUACGCUUCGUCUUUGUUUCAACAAAGUGUUCCUCCCGUGAUGGCCUUCAACAUGGGGUCGCUUGGCUUCCUCACUCCAUUCCACUUCUGCAACUUCCAGGAACAAGUCACAAGUGUUUUACAAGGUGAUGCGUCCCUGCUGUUGCGAUACCGCCUCAAAUGUGUUGUAUGUAAUCAGGGAUCUGAGUGUUCCAGAAUACCUCAUGUAAAAAAUAUAGACAAGAAAUGUGGGGAUGCCCAUAUAUUAGUGCUCAAUGAAGUAGUGAUAGAUCGAGGGCCUUCCCCAUACUUGUGCAAUAUAGACCUGUAUAUAGAGAGUCGACUUGUCACGUCAGUACAGGGAGAUGGCUUGAUCAUCUCCACGCCAACGGGUAGCACGGCGUAUGCGGUUGCGGCAGGUGCCUCCAUGAUCCACCCCAAUGUUCCUUGCAUCCUCAUCACACCCAUCUGCCCUCACUCGCUCUCAUUCAGGCCGGUCGUAGUCCCGGCUGGCGUAGAAAUCAAAAUCAUGGUGUCACCUGAGGCUCGGAACAACGCCUGGGUUUCAUUUGACGGCCGAAACAGACAGGAAAUUCAGCAAGGGGACACGCUACGUAUCACCACAGCGAUGUACCCAGUUCCCUCGGUGUGUGCCAAGGACCAGAUAGACGACUGGUUCGAUGGUCUGGCUGACUGCCUCCACUGGAACGUACGGCGGCAGCAGAAAACGUUACCUUCACUACCCAGCACAACCAGCCUAGACUCGGUCAUCUUGGACCCUGACAGCAACUGAUCGUGUUAUUGAAAGGACAAUCCAAGUCAAUCCAAGCAGGAAAUAUACGUCAUAACAUUGCUUUUAUAGACCCGGACUCACUGACCAGAAACUAGUGUAAUCUGUGAUCACUGCUGAAGGUCAUCUGAAUUAUAUAACUGACCACAUCAAGUGCAAGGUCAAGGCUGUGAUUAACAAGGCACCAUGAUUAAACAACUUCUGUGUACUUCCAGAUUCAUGAAUGGAUAUUAGGCAGGUGGUAAAGAUGUGUGAUAUCAAGACUACCUAGGUAUCCAGGUGUCUGUGUGCACAGGUGCCAGAAUGUCUUUAUGUCUAGUAGUCCAGAUAUCAAGGUGUCAGGGGGAAAUUGUGGCUAUGUGUCCUUUUGUCUGUGGAUUUAGGUGUCAUUCUAUCCUAGUGUCCAUGGGGCUAUGUAUAUACUUGCCAGAGUGUCCGAAUAUCCAGGUGUCAAGGUGUCUAUUUAUCCUGGUGUCUGGGUGUUUGUGUAUCUAGGUGUCAUAAACAGAGGUGUGUGUGUGUGCAUGCAUGCACUCGUCUGUGCGUGCAUGCGCAGGUGUGUGUGUAUCCAGGUGUGUGUGUUUCCAGGUGUCUGUGAAUCCAGGUGUGUGUGUUUCCAGAUAUGCUGUAUAUCUAGGUAUCUGUGUGUCCAGGUGUGUGUGUUUAUCCAGGUGUGCUGACUAUCCAGAUGUGCUGUGUAUCCAGGUGUGCCGGAUAUCCUGGUGUCUCUGUAUGUAAGGGUCAAGACACCCAGUAUCCCAGUGUCUUAAAAAGAGGUACCUGUGUGUCAAGGUGUCAGAAUAUCCUUGUGGCAUGGUGUUGAGGUGUCCUGGUGUCAGGAUCAGGGUGUCUGUAUAUGGGUGUCCGGACACCUUGUAUCCCUGUCUCUGGAUGGCAUGGCAUCGAGGUGUCGUGGUAUCAGGGUCAGGGUGUAUGUAUGUGGGUGUGAGGACACCUAGUAUCCCUGUCUCUGGUUGGCAUGGCAUCGAGGUGUCGUGGUAUCAGGGUCAGGGUGUAUGUAUGUGGGUGUGAGGACACCUAGUAUCCCAAUCUCUGGUUGGCAUUGCGUCAAAGUGUCAACAUUUCCUGGCAGUCAUUGUCCUGCCCUUGAAGAUUUGAAAUCAUCCAUGUUUCCUAAUGAGGAAUAGAAUCACAUCUGUUUUUGAUGCAGAUGAAAAUGUUGAUUUUUUUAUGUAAUGAAAUCAUUUUAUGGCAUUAUGUGAUUGUGUGACAGGCCUUUUGAAAGCCAAUAAUGAGUUUUAUACACAGAACUGGAGUGCAAUAACACCAGGUCGGCCAGGAAGGGAGGAUGACAGCUUGGUCACAUGAACCCCUGGCACCAAUAUCCGGUAGAUAAAUGUACAUAUACACAAUCUCAUGCAAAUGGCGGUGUUCUGCUAUUGUAUAGCGUAGUCAAAUGGCAUUCGGAAUCCUGUCAAAUAUGUGACCUUGUUAACUAUCUUCAAUGUUUUAAUUGUCUGAGAAAGUGAAGAAGAGCGAUAUUGUUAUUCAUGGUGUCUUUCUGGACCGUAUGAGUUACUUUAUUAUUUAUCCUGUUAAUUGUUCAUAUAUCAUAUAUAUAUAUGACCAAAACAUUGUUUUAGUUCAUGUUUUAGAAUUCACUCGGUGAGUCAAUUUUGGGAAAUAGAUGAGGUCAUCCAUUUUCAUGGAACAUUCCUAAAAAUAUUAUAAUUCAAGUAUGUAAACAUGUGAAAUAUUUUAUUACUUAGUUUAGAGAUAAGACAUGAUUGACUUUUGUAUUUCAACUCCUUUCAAUGCUGCAGCUUUGUUACAACCUCCCAUAUGAAACCAAAAAUGUCACAUUGAAAUUGUACGUAUGUGUGUCUUACUGAUCAAACACUGCAUCUAAUUGUAAACAAAUAUUUGUCAGGGUGUUCAUAACUGUGUGGCUGAUGGAGUAAAUGAUCAUAAGUGAAAAAAAGCAAAAUGUAGCUGAUGCUUUUUGUUUCAAGGCAGAGUUAUCUCCCCACAAUGUCUAAAUACCUGAGAAUGCUUGCUUGUUUAGAUUUUCAGUAGAUAGUAGAUAGGGACAGUGGGAGUCUCAUUAAUCCUUGACAGGAAGAGUAAGAAAUUUGUUGUAUUUGUUCACUUUUGAUUCCUUUCAGAAAACCUGGAAAAUUUCAAGGAUCAUAUGUCCAUUUCCCAACUGAAAAACCAAAACAUAAGGUUAAUUUAUUGCAUCACCUGUACAUGUUUUUCUAUGGGCACCUGCUUUUAUUUGUCAUUGUCGUAAGUGUAUGCUACACCAGUUGGAAGAUUUGUACAUGUUCAAGUCAAAGAAAAUGUUGAGAAGCAGAAUCUUGUCAGAGAACCUUCUUGCAAUAAUAAUAUGAACGUUGAUGCAUGUUUUCAAAACAUUUUUCUUUUGUCAGGACAUAGGUCCCUAAUCGCAUGAUCAGUCUUCCAGCAUUCUUCAUGAAACAUCUUUACACACCAUCCACAUGCAGCCAUAUACCUAGUCUCUGUGACCUAAAACUUGCAUAUGGACCAGUACAAUAUGGAACAGCUAAGCAGACAUGUUAAGCAAAUGCCAGUAGUUGUAAGACCAGUAGCACAAAUGGGCAGAUAACUCUAAUUUUCUUCCCCUUGCUUGCCAUGUGCUUGGGAUGACCUAAAGAGGGUAAAGCUUCUUUAUCAGAACCUGAUGUUGGAUGUUGUAUUUCUCAAAUUGAGAAAUACAGUGACUUUCUCAUCAGCAUUUGAUUUUGUAUGUUUUAUUUCUCAAAUUGAGACUUAUUAUAUUGGAAUCUUUCUAAUCAUAGAUGCUCUGUCCUACUAGAACCUCAACUAACUUGGCAGAAGUAGGAAGCCCACCUCUAAAUGACAUAGAUAGUCCUAAGCAAUGAUUAUCAGAAGAAUGUGGUUAUCAUUGACAUUAUAACUCAAUCAGUCCUCCAGAAUUAUCAAUCACUUUAAGUUAAUGAAAAACUAUGUAACAUUAAUGUUUGCAGAAGAUUCAGUAACUCAACAUGUAAGCCCAUUUCCCUACUGUGGUGUUUCUGUGAUGUUGCUGCAACCGGUGUAAAAUCACCUCAGGAAUUGUAUCUAGAAACACAUAAGAAACUGUGUUUGUAUGCGAGACAUUAAUCAUAAGGCAGGUUUAUCUAGUCACUGGAUUCAUUAAAUAAUCUUCAUUAAAUAUUGUAUCUCUGUUAAACAAUGAUGUUUACUCUCUGUGUUGGGACUUCCUCCUGUAACAUGCCGCUGUAGGCAACAGUUGAUUCAUCUAUACAUAAGGUUGUUGUUGCAUGUACAGUUGGUUUAAUGGAAGCCCUCUGUGGUCAAUUGUCUGUUGACCCAUGAAGAUCUUGGUCUUCAGCAACCCAUGUUUGUGGUAAGAAGUGACUGGCGGGAUCGGUGGUCUAGCUCCCGACUUGGUUGACACAUGUCAUCGUUUCCUAACUGUGUAGAUUGAUGCAGUGACUGGCGGGAUCGGUGGUCAAGCUCCCCGACUUGGUUGACACAUGUCAUCAUUUCCUAACUGUGUAGAUUGAUGCUCAUGAUGUCAAUCACUGGUUUUUCUGGUCCAGACUCCAUUAUUUACCGACUGACAUCAUAUAGCUGGAGAACUGCUAAGCAUGGAAUUAAACAAACAAACAUUUGUCUGCCAUGUCAUUUGGUUCAUCAAAACUAAACAUCCAGGUCAUUUGGAUGUUUCUUCAAGGGUUGUCUUGAUAUAACUGAGAUAUCAUUCAAAGCAGUGCUAAAUCCAACUCACUCACUCACCCCAGCUGCCAUUGUCAUCUGUCCAUCAAUCCAUGUGAAGCUAAGUACACUGCCGAUACCUUGAGGGAAUGGUAUCUUUAUCCUUACAUAGCCUUAUCAGGAGGGUGAUUGUAGGGGAUAAUGUACACUAACAUCUAGUCGCUGAAAUGAACAUAUUUUACUGAAAAGAAAUCUUAAAUUAUCUUAAUAAAAUAUAAUAAAAAUGAUCCCAGAGACUUUCUUCAAUUUCAGAAAAUAGGCAAUUAUUUAGAUUCACCUGGCUCCGAUCUCAAAACAAACUUAAGUUUUUCUCAAAUUUCAAACUGAGUUUGACAAUUUGAAACAGCUGAAUUUUUAACUCAAAUGUAUUUUUUAAAUAAAAAAGCCCAAACAACUUAAGUAAUCUAUCCACCAAACUCAAAUUGUCUACUAAGUUUGAGUUUAAUAUUGAUUUAAGUUUUUGCAUUUUUCUCAAAUUUGAGUAAAAACUCUGACUUAAGUUUGUUUCGAGAAAUCAGGGCCAGGUAUUAUAGACUUGCAUAGCAUUGGUUGUAUUAGUUUCAGGUCUGUAGGAUAGACUAGAGGAAUUGUAUCCAUCAGUGUUAUGGCAGUACUGCAAGAGUUAACACUACUACAAUAACAUUGUGAUUAUAUACCAAGUACCUUUACCUACCAACAUUGUGACUUAUCCAGUGUCUCAAGAAGCUGUCUACACAUGGCUGGUAACAUUUCUGGUGAACUUAUAUUUGUACCUAUGGGACUGUCUAGUUAAAAUUAUCAGUUAUUCAUAUUCACUCUGAUGUGUAUAAUCUAUAAAGAUGUCUUGCUUUCAGUAAUAUACAAUGUCAACACCUGUUUGUAUUUUUAUUGAAUAUUUUAUUUAUCAAAAGAAACAAUAAAAGAAGUACACAAAUGCAA